AUGCUCCAACUAAGCCCCGAUACGAGCUUCCACUUCGAAAUCCUCCGCGCCGUCUCCCUCGCGCCCUACCAAGGCGCCGACGUGGGCGAAGUCCUCACCGCCGCCACAAAGAUCAUCCCAGGCGACUUCGAAAGCUACUACACUGCUUUCAACGACCUCGCCGUCCGCGUACACGCACAGGCUGAAGGGAUUGAUGCGAGCAAGUAUCCGGUUUCUGCAAGGAACGCCUACUUCAGGGAGGCAACGUACCUCCGCAGCGCCGAAUUCUACCUCCAUGGCAACUGGGAGGACUCGCGCAUAAACUCCACCUUUGCCAGACACAGAUCCGCCUUUGACAAAGCCCUUGCGCUGCUCCCCGUGCCUGGCCAGAGAGUCACGCUCAAGGCUCAGGGGUUUGAUGUCCCGGCCAUCUUCUAUGGCUGUGGACGCCCCGGCCGCCGGCCAACUAUUCUCAUGGGCAACGGCUAUGACGGCUAUCAGGAGGAGCUCUACCAUGUUGCCGUCGAGGCUGCGCUCACCAGGGGCAUCAACGUGAUUACUUACGAAGGACCCGGCCAGCCCACCGUCCGCCGCGAGCAAAACGCCGGCUUCAUCCACGACUGGGAGCGAGUCGCGUCUCCAAUUGUUGACUAUGUGCUUACACGAGAUGAUGUCGAUCCCACAGCCAUUGGCAUUUGGGGAUACUCGCUGGGCGGAUAUCUCGCUGCUCGUGCUGCGGCCUUUGAGCCUCGUCUCGCUGCCGUCAUGGCCAUCGACGGGGCCAACGACGUUGGAACCACAAUCCACGACAAGUUUCCUCCAGAGAUGGAGGCUCUAUACCAAUCAGGCAACAAAGAAGCUCUUGACCAGGCCAUGGCGCAAGUCUUGGCCUCUCCGGGGGCGCCUACUCCUCUCCGCUGGGCUGUGACGCAUGGCUUGUGGGCGUUUAAUAUCAAGUCGCCGUUUGAAUGGGCAGCCAAGUUCGUCGACUUCAAGCUAGGCGAUGCUAUCCACAAUAUCAAGGUGCCAUUCUUCGUGGCUGAUGCAGAGGAUGACGAUGUCAUGUCGCGGGAGGCAAAGGCCGUGGCAGACGCAGUCGGGGAGAAUGCGACGUACCACUUGUUCACGACGGAAGAUGGAGCUGGAGCGCACUGCUCUAUUGGAGCGGCGGUGCUCCAGAAUCAAGUUGUCUUCGACUGGUUCCAAGAGGUGAUGUCGAAGAGGGCUUAA